AUGCCAUCGAAGCCUAAGGACACUAGAAUGGGGGUCACUCCACUGCGCUUCCAUCACAUCAAAGGUUGCCACAUCACGUUGAACCCAUUCCGCAAUAUUGCUACACGCGAUCAGGCGGAAUACUCACAAGGAUACGUUUUCACAGAGAGACCCAUCACAAAUAACGAGAAAGUGAUGAUUCAGGUCAAUCAAGUCCAACGUUUGUACGAAGGAGGACUGGCUUUUGGAGUAACAUGUUGUGAUCCAGCCACCGUUCAGGUUUCCAGUCUCCCAGAGGAUUCGUCAGAUUUGGUAGAAAUGCCGGAAUAUUGGGUUGGAAUCAAAGAUAUUGCUCUCCAACCGAAACCCAACAGUAUUCUCUCCUUCUGGAUUACUGAUUCGGGAGAAGUGAAGUUCGAAAUGGAUUCCAAUGGACCUCGCACUGUUCUUCACGUUGACAACUCCCUCAAGCUCUACAUGUACUUUGACGUCUACGGAUCUACUCUCUCCAUCAAGCUUAUGGGAUGCAUCCCUGUAGCCAGAUCCCAUUCUCCAAUGGCUAGAAGCAGAGAAGGAACUUCAAGAAAUGAACAACCCCUUUCAAUUCCAACUCGUCCCGCUAGAAUGAUGGAUAUCUCGUCGUCAUCGCUAUUUGCCCCACCAGCACUUCCAGCUCGACCACCACCAGCACAACAUAGUCCAUUGAGAGUUAAUGUUCGCGAAUCUUCAGAGCCACCAGUAAUGGUUCCAGCUCCUGUCAUCGACGACCUCCUAUUCCUUGAUACCGUACCAAGAACGCCACCACCAAUUGUGCCAAGGGCCAGCACAAAUCUCACAGCUUCGUCAUCAACGUCUCGCCUGCCUAAUCGACCAACAACAUCAGCCAUGCCAUCGUUUAGUCCACCACCACUGCCGUCGUCGUUCACAAAUCUAGCAACAGCGGCUGGAAAUGAUAGAGAAGGAAGUGGAGAGCCGGGAGAAGGAGAUGAAUGCACUAUCUGCAUGGAUGCUCCAGUUAACUCGGUUCUCUACACCUGUGGCCACAUGUGUUGUGUUCCACGACCAAAAGUCGAAGGCCAGAUCCUUCUCUCCGUCACACCAGAUGCUCUUCGCUUCUACAAAGCCAAAAAUAUCAUCAAGAAAAACCCAUUUGUCAUCGAUCCAGCACAUGCAUGGAUUAGCAAUCUUGCUAGUGAUGACGAAACAAGAAAGCUCAGAUUCGGUUUGAGAUACAAGGAUGACACCCUCCUAAUGAAACUAGAUGAUGACACCAACUGGUUCACCGUUCUCUACUUCCCAACUAGCGUGGACUACUACAACGUUCGUAUGACCCUGUGCAGAACCAUCAGAUCCGUUUUCAUCAUCACCAAGUUCGAUAAAAACGAACCGCCGAAAAUCUACGAUCCCGAUUUCCCAAAACUAUACGACUCGAAAAAACUGACCAACGACUGUUCGUGUGGCGCGGUGACUGUAUGA